CCCCCCCCCUUCCAUAACCCCCCAACGGGGUCCCCCUCUGUUACCUCCAAAGUCUACCCUACCCCCCCCUUCCAUAACCCCCAACGGGGUCCCCCUCUGUUACCUCCAAUGUCUACCCUACCCCCCCUUCCAUAACCCCCAAUGGGGUCCCCCUCUGUUACCUCCAAAGUCUAUCCUACCCCCCUUCCAUAAUUCCCUUCGGGGUCACUUUCUAUCCCCCCUAUCACCACAUCCACCCUCCCCCACUGGGGUCACCCUCUACCCCCUUAGUUAUUGCCAAUUUUUACCCCUCCCUCUUCCAUUACCCCCACUGGGGUCACCCUGUACCCCUCCUGUAACCUCAACUCUUCCACCACCAAACUUCACUCCUACCCCAAUAUGGCAUGUGAGAGGACGGGGGCUUCCAAUGUCUACUCUUCACCCCCCUCCCCCACCAUCACUGCCAAUGUCACCCUCCCCCAUCAUCACUGCCAAUGUCACCCUCCCCCAUCAUCACCGCCAAUGUCACCCUUUCUCCUCUCUGUUUACUACCAGCAAUGUGAAUCCCCCCCCCCCCCCAGUCACAUCACACGGCUGCCACCUGUCACCCUGGCUGGGGCUUCAACAUUGUGCGAUCUAAAAAUACCGAGAAUGUGCUGCCGCUGCACUCGCAGAUUGUCACACCGCGCCGCUACUACACCGGAGUCACGUACACGACACCCUCUGCGCAGACCCCCCCCCCCUGUACCCUCCACACCCCCAGAUCUUCCAUAUCUACACUUCAAGACCCUCCACACCCCCAGAUCUUCCAUAUCUACACUUCAAGACCCUCCACUCAUCAAGAUCUUCUAUAUCUACACUUCAAGACCCUCCACACCCCCAGAUCUUCCAUAUCUACACCUCAAGAUCCUCCACACCCCCAGAUCUUCCAUAUCUACACCUCAAGAUCCUCCACACCCCCAGAUCCUCCACACCCCCAGAUCUUCCAUAUCUACACCUCAAGAUCCUCCACAUCCUCCAUACAUACACCCCCAGAUCCCUCAUACAUACACCCCCACAUCCCCCAUACAUACACCCCCAGAUCCCCCAUACACUGUACACUCACAUCACUUCAGCAACAUGAUCCACCACAGGCUCUCAGGGGUUAAACGCCUCAUGUCCAGGUUGGCCAGGACUUUGGUGGCCAGGCGUCGGGAGACCUCCAGGACUACGGCGAGGAGGGGCACCAUUCGGGGUGGAGGUAGUUGUUCUGGAACCAAUCUCCUUCGGCAUCUCCGGCACGCAAGCAGCCGUUUCCAGCGUCUCACAUAACACGUGUAGAAGACUUGGACAGCUGCUGUGCCUCCUGUGAUGGGAUAUUUUUGACACAUUGACUCCACUGUAACCAUAACACUCGGUCUGGCUGCGUGACGGAGAAACGUUAUCUGGACUUAACAGUACAACUGGCGACAACCAACAAGUCCAACCGUCCCCGAAAUAUACACCUACCUCUUCUUCUAACCC